AUGGCUGCCCAUCGAAUCAUCAGAGUAACAAACAACAACCACGUCCUCCCUCGCUGCAAGUCGGAGGGGACACUCAUCGACCUCAGUGAAGGGGUCACCGGGGCCAGUCUCAACGAUGUCAAAGUGCCUUCUCCCAGUGCCUUAAGGCUGGACACUUCCUCCUCCUUUGGAGCUGCACAGGAAGUGGUUGCCAUCAAGGAUUAUUGCCCCAACAGCUUCACCACACUGAAAUUCUCCAAAGGCGAUCGGCUCUAUGUGCUGGACACAUCAGGGGGAGAGUGGUGGUACGCCCACAACAACACGGAGAUGGGCUACAUCCCAGCCGCCUACGUCCAAGCGGUCAACUUCAGGAACUCCUCGCUUAGCGACAGUGGGAUGAUCGACAGUCUCGGGGAAGGAUAUGAGGAUGGGUCAAAGGAGUUUGGGGGUUUGGGGGAGUGGACAGGCGUGACCCUUAGACCCUCCCCGAUUUACAACAACAGCACCUUCUCUGCGAACCCACUUAUCUGUUCUUUAGAUCAAAAUUGCAAAGAUGUGGGUCUAAGGAACUCAGCAGACCUUAUUCUGUUCGACGGUUUGGCCUCACCAUCAUCUUGCUCCAACUUCAACACUAGCUCAAUGAAUGGGUUCAGCAGCUGCCAUGUUAACACCACCACCCCCACCAGCCCAAACCAGGAAGUUGUACCAAACCUCCACAGGGAUAAUCCGUUUUUCAGGAGUAAACGUUCUCAUAGUCUCUCAGAACUGUCUGUUCUGCAGGCACAGUCUGAUCCAACCUUACCGUCUUCGGGAUUCUUCACGGGCCUUAAGGCUCCUUCACCAGAGCAGUUUCAGAGCAGGGAGGAUUUUAGGACUGCUUGGUUAAACCACAGGAAGCUCGCCAGGUCUUGUCACGACCUCCAGUCUCUGGGCCAAAGUCCCGGGUGGGGCCAGACACAGCCGGUGGAAACCAACAUAGUGUGCAUGUUGGACAGUAAUGGAGGAGUUGUUCAGCUUCCAGACACCCAUAUCAGCGUGCACAUCCCCGAGGGUCACGUCAGCAAUGGAGAACACCAGCAGAUCUCCAUGAAAGCCUUACUGGACCCUCCACUGGAGCUUAACACCGACCUCUGCUCCACUUUGAGCCCUGUGGUGGAGAUAAAGCUCAGCAACAUGGAGACCAAGUCCUUCAUCACGCUGGAGAUGAAGGUAGCAGUAACUGUGAAGAAAGACACUUGUCACACUGCUGAAGUCCUUUGUGUUCGGAGCGAUUGCAAAGAGGGGCCUUACACACCGAUUCCUAAUGCUUACAUUUACAAAGAAACAGUCCAGGUGCAGCUGGACAGCUUAGAACCCUGCAUGUAUAUUGCUGUUGUUGCUCAGUCCCAGUAUCUCAGCCACAAUAUGACUGUUUGGGACCAUGUGCAAAGGAAAGUAACUUUGGGUGUUUAUGGACCCAAGCACAUCCACCCGUCUUUCAAGACAGUCGUGGCCAUGUUUGGACACGACUGUGCCCCCAAGACCUUGUUGGUGAGCGAGGUGGGCCGGCAGGCCAGUUCAACUCCACCAGUGGCCCUUCAGCUGUGGGGGAAGCACCAGUAUGUGUUGGGUUAUCCUCAGGACCUCCAGGUGGGAUUGUAUUCCAACAUGUCCAACUACCAGGUGAAGGCGAGUGAAGGCGCUGGCCUGAUUCGGGGAUUUCAGGUCAAACUGGGGAAGGUCAGCAGGCUCCAAUACAUGAUAACAUCACACAACCCCGACAGCAUCUCAGACUUCACUCUCAGGGUUCAAGUCAAGGACGCCCUGGACUGUAUUAUCACCCAGUUCUGUGUCCAAACGCCACAGCCACCACCAAAGACUGGAGCGAGGACAUCCAGUCAGAGAAGGUUCUUGAAAAAGAAAGAGGUGGAUAAGAUUGUCCUCUCACCACUGGCUGUCACCUCCAAAUACCCAAAGUUUCAGGACCGUUGCAUAACCAGCCUGAAAUUUGGGAAGUUGAUUAAAACGGUGAUCAGGCAGCACAAGAGCACUUAUUUGUUGGAGUACAAGAAAGGGGAUGUUAUUGCUUUGCUCAGUGAGGAGAAAAUCAAACUGCGAGGGCAGCUGCGGACCAAGGAGUGGUACAUUGGAUACUAUCAGGGGAAGAUGGGUCUUGUCCAUGCCAAAAACGUUUUGGUUCUGGGCAAGGUCAAGCCCAUUUAUUGGUGUGGGCCAGACCUGACGACCACCAUUCUACUGGAGCAGAUCCUGAAGCCUUGCAAGUUUCUUACGUACAUUUAUGCAACUGUGAGGACGGUUUUAAUGGAGAAUGUGGGAAACUGGAGAGCGUUUGCAGACGCCCUGGGGUACGGGAAUUUGCCGUUGAAUUAUUUUUGCCGGACAGAGCUGGACAACGAGCCAGAGCGGGUGGCGUCAGUUCUAGAGAAACUCAAAGAAGAGUGUAUCAACAUGGAGAACAAGGAGAGGAAGUCAUUCCAGAGGGAACUCAUGAUGGCGCUGCUGAAGAUGGACUGCCAGGGUCUGGUUGCCCGGUUGGUCAUGGAUUUCGUCCUGUUGACCACAGCGGUAGAGGUGGCGGCGCGGUGGAGGGAACUGGCUGAGAAACUGGCCCGAGUGUCCAGGCAGCAGAUGGAGGCGUACGAGGCGCCACACCGCGACAAGAACGGACUUUUGGACAACGAGUCCAUGUGGAAGCCCGCCUACGACUUCCUCCUGACGUGGGCCGCCCACGUCGGCGACAGCUACCGAGACGUGAUCCAGGAGCUCCACGUCGGCCUGGACAAGAUGAGGAACCCCAUCACCAAGAGGUGGAAGCACCUCACCGGCGCCCUCAUCCUCGUCAACUGCCUCGACACACUCCGCAGUGCCGCCUUCUGCCCGACCGGGUACGGAGACUUUGCUGUCUGA